UUAGGGUGAGUGAAUUUUACGACUUGAUUUUAUUUUUGAUAAUUACUUAAAAGGGGAGAUGAGUGUUAACGAGAAUAGAUUAGAGGCAAUUCAAACAUUAAAUAAGCAUAAAGGUAGAGUUUGGCAUGUCAGUUGGCAUCCGGAAGGCAAAACGUUUGCUUCUUGCGGAGAAGACUGUACCAUUAGAAUAUGGUCGAUGGAAGGGAAAAACCAGUGGGUGAACAAGGUUGUGCUUAUGGACGGUCAUAAACGUACUGUCAGGCAAGUAUCUUGGUCGCCCUGUGGAAAUUACUUAGCUUCUGCCAGUUUUGACGGUACAACCUGCAUUUGGGACAAGAAAUCUGGUCAGUUCGAAUGCAACGCUACUCUGGAAGGGCAUGAAAACGAAGUAAAAAGUGUAGCGUGGGCCCCCAACGGCAAACUGCUUGCUACUUGUAGUAGGGACAAAUCUGUAUGGGUAUGGGAGCUAGUGGAUGAUGAAGAAUAUGACUGUGCGGCUGUACUGAACGCCCAUUCUCAAGAUGUAAAGAAGGUGACAUGGCAUCCAAACAGUGAAAUCCUAGCAUCAUGUUCAUAUGACAACACCAUAAAACUCUUUCAAGAUGAUCCAAGAGAAGGAGAUUGGACUUGUCAGAGCACUCUUGAAGGACACCAUUCCACUGUGUGGAGCGUAGAAUUUGAUAAAUCCGGAGAAAGAUUGGCCUCUUGCAGUGAUGAUUUAACAUUGAAAAUCUGGACUUUGGAGGAAGGAGAAUGGAAGUGUGCUUAUACUGUUGAAGGUUUCCACAAUAGAACCAUUUAUGACCUGAGUUGGAGUCCUACUGGUUACAUUGCAACAGCUUCAGGCGAUGAUGGAUUGAGAAUUUUCAAGGAAGAGACAGAGCCAGGAGCAGACAAAAAAGUUUACAAUAUGGUUGUAGAGAAUCGUCAAGCGCACAGUCAGGAUCUCAAUUCUGUUGCUUGGAACCCUGUAGAUCCCAGUUUGUUGGUUACCUGCAGUGAUGACGGGGAGGUUAAAGUGUGGCACUUUGAGUAGUCGGUUUUGAGACAAAUUUUUAAUAUUUUAUUCGGACUAAGAUGAGUAUUUUAUAAGGCCUAUUUUCUGGAACAGAAUGUAUGUAAAAAAUUUAGAUGGGGUUGAUACUUUUCAAGAAUCCUAUCAUCCCAUCUAAACACAAAUAUUAGAGGAUAAGCAAAAAAGUCUUUUAUUGUUUGUCAACAAACAGAUUUUUGUGGGUAAAUAAAUUCUUUAGCUAUUUCUUUUGUUGAUCUUGCCUUGUUGGCAAUUCCUAUGAAUAUUUAUAUAUAGAUGCCAUUAAAAUUAUCAAUAUCUAAA